CGGAAGUGUGUGCUCGGGGAGGCGGCUGGGAGCAGCUGAGGUGUCCCUAUCCCGUACUUCGCGGCUCUUCCGGGUCUGGGCUCGGAGACUCGGAGGCGGCCCGCGAGGCCGAGCGAGGGCGAGGGACGCAUGGCUCUGCGGCGGCCGCGGGGCCUGGCGCGGUCUGGAGGUUGACCUCGCCCCGCCGCCCGUUCUCGAGGCUGCCUCCUCCAGGCAGCCCCCCGGCCCUUCCCGCCCCCGCCCGCCGCGUCCCGGACCUCGGGGCCCGCGUCCGUGGCCCCGCGACCCCCGAGGCAUCCCGUCCCGGGCCCUCAGCCCCGUCACCAUGACGGCUGCCGCCGCCUCCAACUGGGGGCUGAUCACGAACAUCGUGAACAGCAUAGUGGGGGUCAGCGUGCUCACCAUGCCCUUCUGCUUCAAGCAGUGUGGCAUCGUCCUGGGGGCCCUGCUGCUGGCGUUCUGCUCUUGGAUGACGCACCAGUCCUGCAUGUUCCUGGUGAAGUCCGCCAGCCUGACCAAGCGGAGGACCUAUGCCGGCCUGGCGUUCCACGCCUACGGGAAGGCAGGCAAGAUGCUGGUGGAGACCAGCAUGAUCGGGCUGAUGCUGGGAACCUGCAUUGCCUUCUACGUCGUCAUUGGCGACUUGGGGUCCAACUUCUUUGCUCGGCUGUUUGGGUUUCAGGUAACCGGCACCUUCCGUGUGUUCCUGCUCUUCUCUGUGUCGCUGUGUGUCGUGCUGCCCCUCAGCCUGCAGAGGAACAUGAUGGCCUCCAUCCAGUCCUUCAGCGCCAUGGCUCUCCUCUUCUACACCGUGUUCAUGUUCGUGAUCCUGCUGUCUUCUCUCAAGCACGGCCUCUUCGGCGGGCAGUGGCUGCAGCGCGUCAGCUAUGUGCGCUGGGAGGGCGUCUUCCGCUGCAUCCCCAUCUUUGGCAUGUCCUUCGCCUGCCAGUCCCAGGUCCUGCCUACCUACGACAGCCUGGAUGAGCCGUCGGUGAAAACCAUGAGCUCCAUAUUUGCCUCCUCCCUCAACGUGGUCACCACCUUCUACGUCAUGGUGGGGUUUUUUGGUUACGUCAGCUUCACCGAUGCCACCGCGGGAAACGUGCUGAUGCACUUCCCCUCCAACCUGGUGACGGAGAUGAUCCGCGUGGGCUUUACGAUGUCGGUGGCCGUGGGCUUCCCCAUGAUGAUCCUGCCCUGCAGACAGGCCCUGAACACACUGCUUUUCGAGCAGCAGCAAAAAGAUGGUACCUUUGCGGCCGGAGGCUACAUGCCCCCUCUGCGGUUCAAAGCGCUCACCCUCGCGGUCGUGUUUGGAACCAUGGUCGGCGGCAUCCUGAUCCCCAAUGUGGAGACCAUCCUGGGCCUCACGGGUGCAACGAUGGGAAGCCUCAUCUGCUUCGUCUGCCCGGCCCUGAUCUACAAGAAGACCCACAAGAGCGCCCUCUCCCCGCAGGUGGUGCUCUGGGUUGGCCUGGGCAUCCUGGUGGUCAGCACCCUCACCACCCUGUCUGUGAGCGAGGACGUCCCCAUGGACGCGGCACAGGAAGCCCCCGGUGUCCGGCUGGGAGAGGCCGAGGGUUUGAUGAAGGCGGAGGUGGCCCGGCUCUCAGUCCAGGACCCGCCUGCGGACGCAGCCGCGGACAGCCAUGACGAGCCGAAGCCACCUCAGCCGAGGGAGGACCUGGAACAGGCCCAGAUCAAGGGCCCCGUGGAGAUGCCUGGGCGGGAGGACGCCAAGGAGACGCAGCAGGAGGCCCAGCUCGAUCGCCCUGGUCAAGGCGUUGCCGUCCCUGUGGGCGAGGCCCACCGCCACGAGCCCCCCGUUCCUCAUGACGAGGUGGUGGUGGAUGAAGGCCAAGACCGGGAAGGCCCAGAGAACAAGGCUCCGUCCAAACACAUGGAUGAGAAGGCUGUGGGGAGCAAAGGUCAGAUGGCGCCGCCCCUGCCAGGUUCCGAAAGAGAGGAGCACGAGCCGGCGAAGGGAGAGGUUGGGAAGAAGCCUGGACAGGACCAGGCCGCGGAGGAAGUGGGUGGUCUUCCUGAACAUCCCCAGAAGGUUCCAGAAGCAGACGGCCAGCCAGCUGUCCAGCCAGCGAAUGAUGACCUGGGGCCAGGUAACCAGGACCUGCCUCUGGGGCCCCAGGCAGCUGCGUACGAGAAGCAGGACGCCCAGGCAGCAGACGCAGGGGACAAGGCCGGCAGGGCGCCGCUGCCGGGCAACACUGCGGGGGACAGCGAGCUCGGUGGGAAGGCUGCCCUCCCGGAAGAGAAGCCGGCUCCCGGGGCCGGGCCGCCGCCAGAGGCUCGUGAGCAGAGGGACGCGGAGCGACCAGGCGGAGACCAGGCGGGCAGCAAGUUGGAGGAAGCCGGCAGGGCGGAGAUGCUGGACCAUGCCGUGCUGCUGCAGGUCAUCAAAGAGCAGCAGGUGCAGCAGAAGCGCUUGCUGGACCAGCAGGAGAAGCUGCUCGCGGUGAUCGAGGAGCAGCACAAGGAGAUCCACCAGCAGAGGCAGGAGGACGAGGAGGACAAGUCCAGGCAGGUGGACGUGCAGCCAGAGCCCGGGGCGGCCGUGCCCAGAGGCCAGGAGGCCCGUGAUGGCCGGGCUGGGGAGGCAGUGGAGAAGCCACCUCCGCAGCCUUUGGAGCCUGAGCCCGGAGCUCCCGGGGGUCGCCCCACUCCACCACAAGAGCCUGGCCAGCGCUCCCCGGAGGAGCCCCAGGACACUGCGGGCAGAGACCUUGCUGGCCCCCCUGACGGCGGCUCCGACAUGGAGGCCCAGGCAGCCCAGGCCCAGCCGAGAGAAGGCUGGAAGGACACUCUGCCCGUGGCAGCCAGUGUUGUGAGGGAGCUGCCCUCCAAGGGCCUGAAGCAAGUGCCCGGCCUAGACCCCGCCGGGGCGCCCAGGAGCCCAGAGGAGCGGCCGGCUGAGGAGUCCUUCAGGCAAAGUCAGGACCUUGUCGGUGGAGGUUCCCAAGACAAGAAGAAACCUGGGGAGGAGGCAGCAGGUGCUGGCGCCAGCAUUCGGAAGGGGGCUGACCGGCUUGUGGCAGCGCCAGGAGGGACUAGGGACCCUCGCGUGAAGUCCAAGCAGACACACCGAGACCUGGGCCUUGCAGCGGGCCUGCCCGGCAGGUUGGAAGGAGCAGCCCCGCAGCCCCAAGUCGUGCUGCGUCAGCCGGAACCGCAGGCCAUCUCUGACGGGGCUCGGGGUGGGCAGCAGGGCAGCCGGCUGGGGCAGGGCACUCCCCUGGAGACAGGAAAGGAAGCCCUCGGUGGGGACCACGUGCCCCGUGAGCAGCCAGGAGCCAAGGAGGACGCUGCUGUCCAGGGUCCCAGACAGAGGCCAGACCCUGAGCCUGGGCCCAAAGUAGUCCCCGGGGCUCAGAAACCAGACAACGCCAAACCCAACCGAGACCUGAAACUGCAAGCAGGCUCCGACCUUCGGCGCAGACGGCGGGAUCUUGCCCCACGUGCAGAGGGCGAGCCAGCCCCUGAGGAGGGGGUCAUCAGCUUUAACCCCCUGCCCGACGUCCAGGUGAACGGCCUCCGUGAAGCCCUGGGCUCCCAGCUCCGCCAGGCCGCAGGGGCCGCCCUGCAGGUCCACAGCCGGCAGAUCAAACAGCUGCCUGGGGCCCUGGAGGAGGCCUAGCGCCUGCUGGAGGAGACAGCUGUCCUCAGUCAUUGGCGGGUCUCCCUGGCCACGUCCAGGCUGAACUCUGGAGUUCACGCUCAUUUCUCCCCCUGGGUUUCACAUCCGAGGCCCUUGUGGAAUGUGGUGCGUGAAGAAAUUUUGUUUCCAGAACAUUCUUGCGGUCUGUUGCACUCGGUCUGAGGUCCUCUGAUCUCUGGGGACGCGGAGCUCAGUCCUGCCCAUGAGGAGAAACGGCGCGUGGCCAGUGCUGGCGAACACGCGCUCUGGGGUGUGGGCUCUGGGAGACGCCGGGCUGGGCGCGUGUCCCUGCCCCCGCUCAGGCCGUCUCCGCGGGGAGCUUGUGGUGUACAGGUCGAGCCAGACGGUGAGACUGGGGAGCAAACGCCUUCACCCCUGCGCUGCAGUCCCAACGCGCGGCUGCUGCGAGAACCAACCAUUCAACCGCGAACUUAGUGACUCGGAAUUUUAAUUAUUUAUCUAAUGUUUUCCGUGCGUGUUGUAGAGAAUCUCAAAUAAACACUUUUGCCUUCACCUGCGUCUCCCAGCUAGUGCUGUUGGCGUCUGGGAGGUGCAGGGGGCAGAGGCCGGCCCGGAGUCCGAGGGUGCGGCUGGACGCCGCCCCCACACCUGACAGCGAAGUGGGUCUGAGGGAAACCCAAGGGGACCCGCGCCAGAUUCUGGACCCUGGUGAAGCAGGGACUAGAGGCCACGAAAGACGGUCCCGUUAACCAGCUGUCGUGCUGACCCAUGCACCGCACGUGACCCGUCCUGCUGGCAGGAGACCUGUCUGGUGCUCGGGGGGCGUCCAGACCCAGGGCCAAGCUGAUGGCCGGGCCGGCCCGCGACCAGGGCGAGCCUGGCGGCAUCUCGCUGCCUGGGGGUGGGGGAAGAGCGCUGCACACACACGUCAGCAGGUGCCGCGUCGCCCCAGCCUGUCGGCCCAGGCCACCCUCCCGUCCUCUCUGGUCAGCGUGUGGUCAGGGCCUUACUCCCGUGAGGUUCCCAUCCACGUUGUCUUGGCUGGGAGGCUGUUGUGUUUCGGCACCACCUCACCCUCGAGAGGCGGCUCCGCGGCAUCCCAGCUCCGUGGACGGGGGUAGCCUCGCGCCGAGACCUUCCCGACUCCACCCCGAGCGUGCC